UUAACUUAUUCCCUUCCGCCAUGUCUCCACUCCACUAUCAUUCCAUUGGCACGCUCGUCUCCCCUUUCGCCUCCCAAUCUCCGAACUCCUUGAAUGUCUUCUCCGGACGACGACCAGGUCCAUCACUGCCACUGCCCCCUCGUGCCCGUCUCCCCACUCCAAUGUCGCCUGUACCUUCUCUAUUGGACGACGAAACCUCCUCUGUCCUAUUCUGUUGUAUUCUCUUGAACAUUCAAUCUGCAUCCAUCACCUCCUCUACCGGCUAUCGACCACUCUUUGGAGUCUGCCAUUGAAGCCUCCAAAUCUCACAUUUCUCAGAUUCGUUCCACCUCUUAUCCUCAUUUCCUGAAGGCAAUUGAUUCCUUUUCAUAGAUGAAGUUCGAACUUGCUGCUUAUGAGAAAUGGUAUUCUUGUUGCUGCAUCACAUCCACUAUCAGUCAUAUUCUUUCAAUCCGGUCGUGGCCGUAAUCUCCAAUCCACCGUUUUCUCUUGAACAUUCAAUCUGCAUCUGUGACCUCCUCUAUCGUAAUGGUUCAUUUAGAUGAUGAUCAAGUUGCUACACCCCUUGAAAGAGGGGAAACUAGUAGCUAGAAAAAGAAAUGUGGCCCUACGAGAAUGAAAGAUAUAACACAUUUUAGUAGUGAGGGAUGGAAAAUGAUUAUUCAGUACAACGAACUAGGUCAACCUAUUAGACCGAAUGCAACAAAGUUGAAGAGUUUUAUUGGAAGGACCGUAAGGUUUCACGUUCCGAUCACUUACUCCACUUGGCAUGCCGUUCCAAAAGAGAUGAAAGAGAAAAUCUAUGAACUAAUUGAGGGCGAUUUCAUUCUUGACCCUAAGUCGAAGAAAAGUAUACUUCAAAACGUGAGAAUAUGCUUCAGUGGAUUCAAGUUGAGACUAACAACUACGUACGUAUUGUCAUUGAAGGACGAUGUGGAGAAUUUAAAACGCCCACCAGCGGAGUAUUCAUUCAUCGAUGAAGACCAUUGGGAUGAAUUUGUGGCUUCACGGUUGAAGGAAGAUUUUGAAAAAAAAAGUGAAGAAGAUAAACUGAAGAGGAAGCUAUACAAAUACAACCAUAGAACAUCUCGCAAGGGGUAUGCAAAUCUUGUUGAGGAGUUGCGUGCGUCUUCUUUGUCCAAUCAAAUAGAUCGAUCGAUAGUAUGGAAACAUGCACACUUGGAUCAUAAGGGAGAGUUCCCAGAUAAGGAAAUGAAGGAUGUUGCCAAUGUUAUCGACAAUCUAUUGGGCAACCAGAAGACACGUAGUUUAUAUGGCAGUGACGAUGUUCUCAACCAAGCAUUGGGAGUGAAAGAUCGUUUGGGGAUUACUCUGAGGCGUGGGGAAGUACGUGACUACGAAAAAAAUAUUUUCAUACCCCGAUGGAAUCAAAAUCUGAAGAAAGUAACGGAGAGAAGACAGUGUAUGAGGAACGUGAUGAAAUGACCAAAAGAAUUAUGGAGUUAGAAGCGGAGUUACAAAGAAUGUAAAAAGAUGAGGGUGUGAAAGGAGAUGAAGAACAACCUAGUAUGUGUUCGAAAGGAACACUAUCAAUUGAAGGGGAUUCAGAUGAUGAGACUGAAGACGUAGCCUCUGGCUCAGUACCAGAGAAAGCGACAGACGUUGUGACAGAAGUGAAGAAAGAAAAUGUUGUGCUGGAUACGAGAUCAAAUGACUUAUAGGUUAGUUAAACAUAUACUUUACUAAUUAAUUUUUUUUGUUUUUCCUUUCAAUAUAGAACAUGUAGUAAUUUUUGUUGCUACUAUCUUUAUUGUAAGAAAGGGAGAGAGAACAUACCUAUAAUUAACAAUAAUCACUUCCCUCUAUCCUUCAAUCAAA